AUGUCGCUCUCCGCCCAAGGCUUAUUGAAGCUUCUCAACGAGAAGCAUCGCCGCUACGAGGUCUUUGAGCAGAUCUCGUUGGCCGAGGCAGCGAGCGGAGCGGCUCUCUCGUCAAGGCGUGUACUUCGCGGCUCUGUCGUCGUUCCGGAGGCGGACAAUCACAGCGCUGGUGGCGGCGGCAUCACCCGCGUAAUCCCGACUGCUACAGUGGUUGUGCGCACGCCAUCCCCGCAGCUCUUGCAGCUCCCCUGGCCUCUGUCACAGCCGCAGGCGUCGACUCCAACUCAAGCGCACGGUCGCAUGUACGUGUGCGAGCUGCCGGAGGACACGUGGAACUUGAUUUCUGCCGUCGCUGCCACGUCGGCGCCGUCGCAGCGGCAGUUUGCCUUCGCCAACGAAGCGCCGGCUUUCUGCACCUCACAAAAUCCUAGCAUUGUGGACGCCCGGGACGGCUCAACCGGAGAGAGUUCAGUGCAGGCGUCGCCAACGACUGCUACGGUAACUGCCAUAAGCACCCUUGACCACACGGACCAUACAGAGGAGGUGCGCGAGGAGCCGGAAAGUCUCAGCAACCAUGACAGGAGCGUGUCCACCUCAGGUCUAGGUCCAAGCUCGGUGGCCACAGUGGGAGGCAUUCAGCUACCACAGUUGUCUUCCCCGACAGGGCAGCGCGUCAUGGAGCUGCCCGCAUCUCCGCAGGCGCUGCAGACGGCCGGAGAGGACGUGAGGAACGCCUUGAAUGCGGCACUGGUGGGAUGCAGAGGGGCGGACGCGAACUCAACUCCGCCGCAGUCGCCGCAACGUCAAUCACCGGGCGCAGCCGCUGUCGAAGCUUCUGUAGGGAAGCAGAACAAUACCGUCGCUGUUGUACUGUGGGUUGCAGGUGAUGCUGCUACUACAGGGGCGGUCGACACCACGGACAUGGGGCAAGUGGGGGACGCUCUCUACACCUUAGCUGCGGCACCACUUGGCACGCCCUCGCUCCGCCGCGAUCCACAGCGCAUGACUUCGACCGCCACUGCCCCUCAGAAGGCUGCCUCUGCCGCAAGCACCACUGCUGAAAGCACCGAAGAUAUUGCCGGCGGCAGCACACAGCUGCCAGGGUGCCUCUGCUUCGCUGUACGCGAUAUCCAUGAGGCGGAGAGCAGCGUCACCGACAUGUUGACGCCACGAGAUCGUCGUGUGCAGAUGCUGACACUGCAACUGGAGUCAGGCGCGGCUGUCUAUGCAGCGAAAUGCCCGUCGGAUGUCUUUGUGCGUGUUGGCAGCAAUUCGCCAGGGUGUGCGCUCACGUCACCGUCGGAGAUUAGCAGUGGUGCUGUCGCUCUCUCAUCGCGCCCCUCUGCCCCGACAGUGUCCGUUUCCUUCGUAUUCCACAAAGGCGGCAUCACGCGAUGCAUGGCAGCACUGCGGCAGCACUCGCCUGGGCUCGUCUACGCGUGCCGUGGCAGCCGCAAUAACUUGUCUCUGCUCCUGCAGGAUGGUGCAAAUGGAGCUACAAGUGCCGACGGAAUCAGCACCUGGUCGCCGUCACGAAUCCGAGGUGCCUCGAAUCCAUCUGAGCUGCCGGCGUCGCACGGGGUGCACCGAUUGGGCAGCGUGCAUCUGGGGCUUCCGCUAUCACCAGCAGGGGGAAGCACAAGCAGCGCUGGCGCCCAGCCGACGCAGCCGCCAGAGGACGAGAUGCACGGCUGGCGCCAGCGGCUCUCCACCCAUGCGCUCUUCCGCAGUGGCGCCCGCGGCGUCGGCGACAUGCUCUCGAACUACACCUCCAACUCGCGCUACGAAGCCGUGGGCGGGGUCGCGCCGCACUGGCCAUCCGCGUUGACGAAGUUCGAGCAGGAGGCAGACCACACCGAUGAUCGUCGUGGCAGGGGAGACAGAAGGGUCAGCAGCGCCACACGCGCACGGGCGUCGGCGACGAACUCGCCGGACGAAGCGCAGGACUAUUCCAGCGCCUCCUCUUUUGAGGAUCUCACGGACGAGAUGACGGCCAUACGGCUUGGCGCAUGCUACUCUCCUCCACGGCCGGUCCUCCCAGUGGAUGGCGGAAGCCGCACACCAUCGCCGGUGACCGCGGCGGACUGGGAGCGCGUCUUCGACGUUCCUCCGGAGCAGCAGCGCCAUCCACACCAGCACGGGGACCUGCCGGAGAGCCACAACACACACGGUGCGACUUCGACAGCCCUGCCGCCUCAGACAAGGAGGCUGAACGCGGACCGCUAUCGUGCCUUCCGUCAAGCUGUGUACGAGCGAGGAGGGCUGAAGGACAGCAGCAUCCGCUUCGAGGUCUGGUGCUACCUACUCGGAGCCUACCGCGUAGGCUCGACCGAGGCCGAGCAAGCCGAGGCGCUCCGAAGUGGCGAGGCGCUCUACACGCGCCUCACCUCACAGUGGAAAUCGUUUCUGCCGGAGCAGGAGGCGCACUUCGCCACUUACCGGUACGCCAAGCAAUCCAUCGUGAAGGAUGUACAGAGGACCGACCGGGCGCACCCGGCCUUUCGCGAGGAUGACUCCGACAUGCUCCGCGUGCUGCAGGAGCUCUUGCUGGCGCAUGUGAUGCUGGACAUGGAUCUUGGCUACAGCCAGGGCAUGAGCGAUGUAGCGGCAGUGGUGUUGCUUGCCGCGUUACCCUCACUGCCCCCGGCACCACAUCUGUCGCCGGCGUCUGAGGCCGCCAUGUUCAUGUGCUUCCGCAAGAUACUGAGUGAGCACAUGUCGGCGAACUUUGUCAUUGAGGGGCGCACGGCGGGCGCGCCCUACGCGGCUGUGAAGGGGCUGCAGCGCAAGCUGUACCAAGCACAGGUACUGACGCGGCACUUCCAUCCGGGCUUGUACACGCAUCUCAAGAAGAACUGCAUGGCCGAUGACAUGUCAUUCUGCUUCCGCUGGAUACUCGUCUGCUUCAAGCGCGAUCUGCCGAGCAUCGAGGACACGAUGCGCUUCUGGGAUGUGCUCUUCGCUUGCCCAUACACCACGUCGUACGAGGUGGUCGUCACGGUGGCGUUACUCGGCGCGCUCGCCGCACAGAUCAUAACUCACAUACAAGCGUAUGAGACGCUCCUACAGUUCACGAACGGGCUGAGGAGUGAGAUAAGCCUUGACCAGAUUGUUGUGUGCGCACGGGCGUUCUAUGAGAACGUCUGCGUCGCCGAGACACGCGAGCUGCGCCGUCGUCUGCGUCUCCAGAACGCGGAGGCCGCCGCAAGGACAAGGGGCAGUGCGGCAACCGGCGGCGCUGGUGAGCCCCUCCCCGGCUGGUAUGUUGGCCCACACAGCAAGGCAGCGGCAGUGGCGGCGGCCGUGCCACCUGGAAAGGUCGACGACGACGACGACGAAUCCGACUACUUCCCAAGCGUCGAGGACAUGGUCGCACUGUUUCUCAAGACGGACGGACCUCUCUGA